UUAGAAACAGUGCUGGUAUUGAGGGAGGGAGGAGGAGGAGGAGGGUGAGAGUGAGAGAGAUAUUGGCCGUAGCUUGUAAUCGUCGACUAAACGAGGCCCAAAACCGUUGGAGGAAGAGUGCGCGAGUGACUGGCCGCAGCAGCCGCACGCACAUAGCCAUAGCAUGAGUUCGUAUUUUGCGAAUUCGUACAUCCCAGAUCUGCGCAAUGGCGGGGUGGAGCACCCGCAUCAACACCAGCAGCACUACGGGGCCGCGGUUCAGGUGCCGCAGCAGCAGCAGGCGGUCCAACAACAGCCCCAGCAGGCGAGCGACCCCUGCGAUCCGACGAUGCUUCGCCAAGGUCUACCGGGACACCACUACGCGGCCGCGACUGGCCAGCAGCCGGGAAUGCCCUACCCGAGGUUCCCACCCUAUGACCGCAUGGACAUCAGGAACGCGGCCUACUACCAGCAGCAGCAGCAAGAACACGGCAUGGACAUGGCCGGUUACCGGGCGAGUUCGCCGACCUCCGGCAUGCCUGCCCAUCUCGGGCACACGCCGACUCCCGUUAAUGGCCAUCCCUCCACCCCCAUCGUCUACGCCUCGUGCAAACUCCAGGCGGCGGCGGUCGACCACCAGGGCAGCGUCCUCGACGGUCCCGACAGUCCACCCCUCGUCGACGCUCAAAUGCACCAUCAAAUGCACCCCCAGCAUCCUCACAUGCAGGCCCAGCAGCCGCACCCUCAACAACAGCCCCAGCAAUCGACCCAACCACCCCAGACGCAUUCCCAGCAGCAGCAGCAGCAGCAGCAGCAACACAUGCAGCAAACCCAGCAGCACCUGAUGUACCAACAACAGACGCAACCCCAGCAGGCCCAGCAGACGGCAAUGCACGCCCAGCAGCAGGCACAGACCCAGCAGCACCAGGGCGUCGUAGCCUCUCCGUUGGGUCAGCAGCCUCCGGGGACGCCGCAGAGCGCCACCCCCGCCAAUCUGCCGAGUCCGCUCUACCCCUGGAUGAGGAGUCAGUUUGAGAGGAAACGGGGCCGUCAGACGUACACGCGAUUCCAGACCCUCGAGCUCGAGAAGGAGUUCCACUUCAAUCGCUACCUCACCAGGCGACGCCGCAUCGAGAUCGCGCACGCGCUCUGCCUCACCGAGCGCCAAAUCAAGAUCUGGUUCCAGAACCGGCGCAUGAAGUGGAAGAAGGAGACGAAGACGAAGGGCGAGCCGACCUCGGGCGACGGGGACACCGAUAUCUCGCCCCAGACCUCGCCCCAGGGCUGAGUCGCCGCGGACGUGACGACGACGGCACCGCGGCCACGAGAGUGAGACACAACCACACG